CUUUCUAUUGAGUUUCUGUCUCGUUUCAUCCAUUUUUACAGUUUGAGAUUUGUUUUGUGAUUUAUAUAUAAGAAAUAGUGUGUUUUGAGUGUUUAAAUCGUGUUAAAAAGUUAUACAAGUGUCGAUUGACUAAGAAGAAAGUGGUAAAUUAUAAGCUUGGUGUUCAGUGAUAGAUGGAAGAUCCCAAUCGCAUGAUGGCUCAUAGCGGUUCAACUCCUUCUUACCCCCAGUCAUAUGGAAUGCCUGAUGCUUCUGUCGUAGAUGACCCUCGCAAACAGGAUAUUGGCGAGAUUCUCCAACAAAUUAUGAACAUCACGGAUCAAUCGCUUGAUGAAGCGCAAGCUCGCAAGCACACUCUUAAUUGUCACCGUAUGAAGCCGGUCUUAUUUGCUGUUCUCUGUGAAAUCAAAGAAAAGACCGUUUUGUCAUUGCGCAACACACAGGAGGAAGAGCCUCCAGAUCCUCAAUUGAUGCGUUUGGAUAACAUGCUUAUCGCUGAAGGUGUUGCUGGGCCAGAAAAGGGUGGUGGUGCUGGUGCCGCUGCUUCUGCUUCUGCUGCUGCAUCAGAAGAUUUUUCGGACUUAACUGGAGGACAAGAUAACGCAAUUGAACAUUCAGAUUACCGUGCAAAACUGGCUCAAAUUCGCCAAAUUUAUCAUCAAGAGUUGGAGAAAUAUGAACAAGCUUGCAGUGAGUUUACAACUCAUGUCAUGAAUUUGCUACGUGAACAGAGUCGAACAAGGCCCAUUACUCCAAAAGAGAUUGAACGAAUGGUGCAGAUCAUUCACAAGAAAUUCAGCUCCAUUCAAAUGCAAUUGAAGCAGUCGACAUGCGAAGCUGUCAUGAUACUGAGAUCUCGUUUCCUCGAUGCAAGACGCAAGCGAAGAAAUUUCAGCAAACAAGCUUCCGAGAUUCUCAAUGAAUAUUUUUACAGCCACCUAAGUAAUCCGUACCCAUCAGAAGAAGCAAAGGAAGAGCUCGCUCGUAAGUGCGGCAUAACAGUGUCACAAGUUUCUAACUGGUUUGGAAAUAAACGCAUUCGCUAUAAGAAGAAUAUUGGAAAGGCACAAGAAGAAGCAAACUUAUAUGCAGCUAAGAAGGCCGCUGGUGCCAGUCCCUACUCAAUGGGAGGGCCAGCUAGUGGUGCCGCUACACCAAUGAUGUCACCAGCUCCUGCGCAAGACUCCAUGGGUUACUCACUCGGAUCAGGUGGAUAUGAUCAACAGCAAGCCUACGACGGAAGCAUGGGUUAUGAUCCAAUGCAUCAAGGUAAGGAUCGCGAUGACUUCUGAGUAAAUCCAUAGGAAAACCAAUCAAAUUAAGAUCAGUCUCUCCACUUUAACUUAUUUGCUCCAUACAUAAGUUUUAUUUUAACUCCUUUUUCUUUGUUGUUUAUCAUCAAUCAAACGUAAAGUUAUCAAAACCAAUUUAUUUCUUUAGAUCAAAUUGCAAUCUUUUUUAUCAAUUAGAAUUAAAAUAAUUUGGGUCAGUAAGGAAAGAUUUUUCCUGAUCAAUUAUUUCUUUAUUUUUCAAAAUAAUUUAAGUUACAUGAAUAUGAAAAACUCAUUUAUUUCCGACAGAGAAUAAUUCAAUGAGACUAAAAUGAUGAUUGAUGUCGUGGUUGUAAUUGAAGGAAAGUGUAAUGAAUAAUUUUUAAAACGAAAACCAAUUAGAUCUUAGGAUGCAAACUAUUUGAUUGAAAAAAAAAGCAAAAGUAAAUUAUGUUUGGACAGAUGAGAACAAAAUUUUGACAAAAGAAAAAAAAAAUAAUUCAAUAUUAGAUUUUAAGUGAAAAGUUUUUCACACAAACUUCUUGAAGUAUACUGAACUUGAUUAAUAUUAAUGAAAAAAAUAAGCUUUCGCUUCUCUUUCAUAGAGCACACAAAACACAAUUAAAAAACAAAAGUAUACAAAAAAGAAAGAAGAGAAUCUCUUCAUUCUUCUCACAAUUGAAAAAUAAUAAAAAUCGUUCAAAUUAUUUAAUCGACGAUCAAAUCAGGUCGGAAAACCGUUGAUAUACGAAGCAAAUUAUACGACACAAACAAAUUUACGAAGAGCGAAGAGUCGCAUUUAAAAUUGUUUUUCAAUUAAUGAGUUCAUUGGUCAUAUUUUAAGAUGAAUGAUCUAAAUGAUUUGAAUAAAUGAUUGUCUUCAAUUGCACGAAGUUAAAAAGUUCUGAGAAUACGUGACUUUGCGUAAGUGUCGCAUAAGCGCCGCUUACGCGGGAAAACAAACGUAAUAAGCGUACAUCACGUAAUUUAACGUAUGUAGAGCUUCGUGCAAUUUUACUCAUAUACGUAAAGUGAAAAAAAAAACUUUCAAAGCACUCUAAAAGCUUGGAAAGCUCAUUUAAAUAUUUUCAAAAAGCUUCUUUUUUUGUUUCAACGCUAAAUUUUCAAUGAAAAUUAAAAAAAAUUAAAGUAAAACAAACAAAACAUGUAUACGAAUAACUGCGAAACAGUUGCGUUUCUAAAACUUUUGAAAAUUGAUUAUUUUGUAAGCAAUUUUCGUUGUUUUCGUUUAUUAUCUCAAUGGUAGGAUGCGGAGUUGGCACACAAGAUGUUGUCAUAUCCCAAUCUGACGCUGAUGAUAAAAAAAUAUCAAUCGUUUGAAUUUGCUUGAUGAUAAGAACGAAGAAAAGUAUCAAUUUUUGAUGGCAUUAACUUGAUUUUCCUUCCUUCUAUACUUCCUUAGCUCUGCUUUUAUUAGAAAAUUAAACAAGUUUUGCUUAGUUUGUAAGAUGACACUUUUUGUUUUUCUCUUCUUUCAUCCCUCAUAAAGAUUUUUAAACUUUUUUGUUUCCUUUUCCCAUUUUUUUUGGAUGGUGAAAGAAGAGAAAGAAUUAAAGAAAAUUAAGCUUGAGUAGUUCUGUAAGCAAAAAUAUCCCAUGCCAUGUGGCAGUUUUCUCACAUCACACACAUACACAUAGAUCAUCACUUUCCUGACGUGCUGAUGCAUAAUUUGGAAAAUUACAAAAGAUUAUAAAUAGAACAUGAAAGAAGAAGAUGAGACAUAAACAUAAAUAAAACAAAUUAAUUACAGCAACAUAAAAUAACGAAUGAGUAUACGAGAGCAAAAAACACUUUUUAUUUCAUGAAAUAAAAUAAGAAUAAUAAUAAAGAAAAGUUUGAUUAAUUAUACGAUUUCUAAAAGUAUCUAAAACCAAUAUUUGAUGUGUACUUAAAUUAAAUUUUGAGAAAAAUAAAAGAAAAUGAAAGAUUGAAUAAAAGAAAAUUCUUUUAUGAUCUUGAGAA